AUGGGUGGCUCAGUGUUCUCUUCGGGACCUGAUUCUCUGCGCACUCCUCGCAUGCCCAAGGACGUCUACUUUGACCGCAAGGAGCGCAUCAUAAGCAUCUUGCAAGAUCACUUCCAGACAGUCGAUACGCCCAUCGAGGGGCCUGAAAAAGAGGACUUUGGCGACAUUGACAUCGUUCUCUAUGGGUUCAAGUAUCGGAACCCGUCCAGGGAGAACAUCGUCGAGCUUUUGGAGUCCGAAUUGUCUGCUGUGCGGUCAAAGAUUGUCAACCACGAAGAAAUCUCACUAAGUGUCGCCAUUCCAUGGGACAUUGACUCCGACUCCGAGUCCAGCUCCGACGGGUCCGUCAGGACUGCUAUUCGCGAUGGUCCCGACACCCCCCCUCCUCCUGUCGAUUACAUCCAGGUCGACCUUCGCGUGUGCGAUACUUUCCACCGUCUGGAAUGGGUUCUCUUUAAGCAUGCCCACGGCGACGCCUGGAACAUGAUCGGCACGAUCAUUCGCCCCUAUGGCCUGACCGUCGAUGAGCAGGCUUUGUGGCUGCGCAUCCCCGAAUACGAACACAUCAACCGCAAGCGCGCCCGUAUCGAGCUGACGACACACCCGUUUGAAAUUCUCGAUUUUCUUAAUUUGGAUUCCGAUGAGUUCUUUAGUGGUCCGUUCGGCAGCUUCCACGAGCUCUGCGAGUUCAUCGCGCUUUGUCGCAUGUUCUACGUCCCGCCGCUCGAGGACUCGUCCGACGAGGCUGGUGGCCCGUCUGCUGAAGGACAAGACCGCCGCGAACUCAAGGCUAACGACCGCAAGCGGAUGAAAGUACGUCCCGGCUUUCGACGAUGGAUCGAAGAGUACAUUCCCGAGUGCCGCAGGGAGGGCAAGUAUGUGCGUCGCAGGACGAACCGUGAGGAGAUCAUGUAUGAAUGUUUUGAUCGGUUCGCGGUUGAGAGAGAGUACAACGCGCGGAAAAAGGAGUUCAUGCAGGAGCAAGAAGCGGACUACAUAUGGACAACGCUCAUCAAGGGAUCGAUUCCGGCACCUCCCGCCGACAGCACCGACACCAAAGCGCAGCAGUACCGUGGAACUCUCGUCAAGGCGCUGAAGAAGAUUCUGCUCGAGGACAACAAGAGCUACGGAGUAGUCGCGCCUAAGAUGCGAAACAGCGAGGGCUCCUGGGACUUGGAUAGAGUCAAGGCGUGGAUCGAAGAGGUCAAAGACACGGUGGGCAGGAUUGCGUACGAUCAGCAGUACGCCGCGUACCAGGAGAAGAAGGCUGCUCAGGCAGCAAACAACGCAAACUGA